AUGGUUCUCACUGCCGAGAGGGCUAGAGAUGGCGACCGGCCGCCGGAGGUCGUCGUCGUCGACAUCAAGAGCGGCAGCCUGGAUGGAGCGUCGUCGUCGUCCAUCGUGGAUCGGCAGGACUCACUGUUCCGGGAGGCGGUGACGGGUCAUCACCACCGUGCUGCUGGCGGCGCAGGACACGCUGAUCAUGAUAGCUGGGCUAAGACGCUGCGGCUGGCGUUCCAGUGCGUGGGGAUCCUGUACGGCGACGUCGGCACGUCGCCGCUAUAUGUCUACUCCAGCACCUUCGGCCACAGCGGCGGCGUUGGCCACCCUGACGACGUCCUGGGGGUGCUCUCCCUCAUCAUCUACAGCUUCAUGCUCUUCACCGUCAUCAAGAUCGUCGUGGUUGCGCUCCACGCCAACGAUGACGGGGAUGGAGGAACGUUUGCACUCUACUCUUUGAUUUCGAGAUAUGCCAAGGUGAGUCUGCUCCCUAACCAUCAGGCCGAAGAUGAGCUGGUCUCCAGCUACAACAGUCAUGAAAAGCCGUCGUCGGCCACACUGAGGAGAGCUCACUGGCUGAAGCAUUUGCUUGAGACAAGCAAGUCGGCCAAGAUUUCCCUGUUCCUCCUUACCAUCCUUGCAAUUGCGAUGGUCAUCAGCGACGCUGUUCUAACUCCUCCUAUUUCGGUGCUCUCAGCUGUAAGUGGCCUGAAGGAAAAGGUGCCUGAUUUGACCACAGAUCAAAUAGUAUGGAUCACCGUGGCAAUUUUGGUAGUUCUGUUUGCUAUCCAACGAUUCGGAACUGACAAAGUUGGCUACUCGUUCGCACCAAUCAUCCUGCUGUGGUUGCUUCUGAUUGGAGGAGUUGGGCUCUAUAACCUGAUCAAAUAUGAUGUUGGUGUAUUGAGGUCGUUCAACCCAAAAUACAUCAUUGACUAUUUCAGGAGAAACAAGAAAGAAGGAUGGAUCUCACUUGGUGACAUCCUCCUUGUUUUUACAGGAACAGAAGCUCUUUUUGCUAAUCUGGGAUACUUCAGCAUUAGAUCCAUUCAGUUAAGCUUUAGCCUUGGAUUACUGCCAUCUGUAUUGCUUACUUACAUCGGACAAGCAGCAUACCUAAGGAAGCACCCCGAACAUUUUGCUGACACUUUCUUUAGAUCAAUCCCAAGCGCUCUGUUCUGGCCGACAUUUAUCUUGGCAAUUGCGGCAUCAAUCAUAGGAAGCCAAGCAAUGAUCUCAUGUGCCUUUGCAACUGUUUCACAUUUACAAACACUCAGUUGCUUCCCGAGGGUUAGGAUACUGCACACAUCAAAGAGGUUUCAUGGACAGCUGUAUGUUCCUGAAGUUAACUUACUGCUUUGUAUAGCUGCUUGCGUGGUGACUGUCAGUUUCAAGACAACCACCAUUAUCGGAAAAGCCCAUGAAAUCUGUGUGGUCCUUGUCAUGGUGAUCACAACUCUCUUGAUGACAAUAGUGAUGCUCCUCGUGUGGAAGGUAAACAUCUGGUGGAUAGCCAUAUUCUUCGCUGUCUUCAUGUCCACAGAGUCCAUCUACACAGCUGCAGUCCUGUAUAAGUUCACCCAUGGACCGUAUGUGCCAGUGGCCAUGUCGGCUGUUCUCAUGUUCAUCAUGAUUGUGUGGCACUACGUGCAUGUCAAGCGGUACAAGUACGAGCUUGAGCACACUGUGUCACGAGACGAGGCAAAAGAUCUGCUCGAGCGCAGUGACCUAAAGAGAGUUCCAGGCCUAGGGCUUUUCUACACUGAACUGGUGCAAGGCAUACCACCUAUUUUCCCUCACCUCAUCGAGAAGAUCCCUACCAUCCACUCGGUGAUUGUCUUCAUCACGGUGAAGAAUUUGCCAGUACCCCAUGUCGAUGUCACGGAGCGUUUCCUCUUCCGCCAAGUGGAGCCCAAGGAUUUCAUGGUGUUCCGUUGUGUGGCAAGAUAUGGGUACCGUGACACGCUCGAAACGGCUGGUGAUUUUGUUAAAAUUCUAGUUGAGUACCUCCAGUACUAUGUUAGGGACUUAAACCUCUACGGAGUUGGUGGUGAUGAACCAUUGAAGAUUGUCUUCCAUAGUGCUCGGGUGGACAGCUUUUCUUGGGAGAGGAAGCCCUCAGGACAUACCAUCUAUGCUGAGGAGAUGCUUACACCGGCCCAAUCCUUCUCGGAGCUCACAAUGCAUCCAGUCUCCAUGAGCAGUAGAUUGGCACAUUUCCAGACAGGGAAAAUGAACCUGGAGGAGAUGUUGAAGAUUGAGGAGGAUCAAAAGAUCAUCCAACGCGAGGUGGACAAAGGUGUUGUUUAUAUAAUUGGGGAGAGUGAAGUAGUAGCCAAGCCUCAUUCAAACUUGUUAAAGAAGAUAAUUGUGAACUACGUCUAUAGCUUCCUAAGGAAAAACUCAAGGAAUGGAGAGAAGAUGCUAUCCAUUCCAAGAGGCCAACUACUCAAAGUUGGAAUAACAUAUGAGAUCUAG